AGUUCGGACGGUCAACAACGGGAGUGAUUCAUUCGCAAGAAGUGAAGAAAGUCGAGUUUCCCGUGAUGGAAUACAACGUUUCAUGGACGCCGAACGCGUUUUAGCGGCCGAAUCAGCUUGCGGAGGUUGAGACAAGAUUGAGCGGAAGUGAUUUAACGGCCGGACACGAUGGCCAAAGACUACGACCACUUGUUCAAGCUGCUCAUCAUCGGCGACAGUGGUGUGGGCAAAAGCUCUCUUCUGCUGAGGUUCGCGGACAACACAUUUUCAGGAAGUUACAUCACAACGAUCGGCGUCGACUUCAAGAUCCGCACCGUCGAUGUGGACGGCGAACGCGUCAAGCUGCAAAUUUGGGACACGGCCGGACAGGAGCGCUUCAGGACCAUCACCUCGACCUACUAUCGUGGCACACACGGUGUGAUCGUAGUCUACGAUGUUACCAACGGCGAGUCCUUUGCAAAUGUCAAGCGGUGGCUCCACGAAAUUGAGCAGAAUUGCGAAGUAGUCAACAGGAUAUUAGUUGGAAAUAAGAAUGACUCUCCCGACAAGAAGGUUGUCCUCACGGAGGAUGCGCAGAGAUUUGCAGAUCAAAUGAACAUUCAGCUCUUCGAAACGAGCGCGAAGGAUAAUAUUAACGUUGAAGACAUGUUCAUGAGCAUUACAAGACAAGUCCUGUAUACUAAGAAAGAACGAAAAGAGCGGCAGAACCAGAGUGGUGAGACCGUCAAGAUCGGCAUGGGCGGCAAGUCUAGGAAAAGCAAGAGCAAGUGUUGUUAGCGAGACUGGCUGCCCAUCUGCACGUCUUGCCAGCCAGCGAAUUCCACCACAUUUCCUCUUCUCUACUUCUUCAAUCAAUUGGUUGUGCGCGCGCAAAUUUAUAAAAAAAAAAAUAUUAAUAUUAUUUUCUACUCUGUUUAAUCUGUGCCAAAAUUGGUUCCUCAUUUCUUUCGGCAAAAGAAGCUUCGUGUGGAAUUCUUCGGCGAUCACAACAGACAGUUUGUUAGUGCUCAAAAGUUGCCAGUUUUGAGAUUUUAGUGACUUUUAAAAUGAGUAGAUGAUACGACAGACUUUGAAUUUAUAAUCAAUGCGAUUCAAAACAACUUAUAAUCCACAUACCAUGAACUUGCAUAAGAAAAGUGCUCGUCCCUGGGCACACUACAUCAUUCAAUAUUUUGCCCCAAGUCCAAAUUGUACCGAUUUGUUGAAUCCAUACGUGCUGGACUUGAUAAGGAGGGAUGACAAUUUAUCACAAAGCAACCUUAUGUAUAUCAAGAGUCAUUCAUUUUGCAAAGUAUAUAAAAUUGUGUAAAAAGCUCGAACACCAAAAAAUGAAGCUAAUUAAUAAACUUUUCAUCACUCACCAUGGCAUGCAUGUGAAACGCAUUCUCUUAGCUGCGUCGCUAACAAGAAUUAUUCAUUCCUCUCUCUCCUGAAACGUUAUUCCCUCUUAUAUUCUUUAAUUGUAAUUUUAAUCAUGUCCUGUAUGUGAUUAUAUAAUUAUUUUGUCAACUGAAUUUUGUUGCAACACUCGAGUAUUUUAAAGCAAUUUUAGCAAUAUUUUUUAUUAUUCCUCUCUGAAAGCAACAUCUGUAAUGAGCAGCUUGCAAUUUUAUGCAAAUAUAUAAACGAGGCCUAUUCGGAAUUUGAAAGAAGGAGAAAAAAACUUGCAUCUUUGGUGUCAUAUGUCUGUUGGUAGUGAUUAAGGCGGGAAAUGUGAUGAUUUUGUAAGAAUUGGACCGAUUUUGUACAAUUUGUAGUCGCCACUCACUUUUGCAAAAAUUUUGUCUUGGGAAAAUUUGAUCUUGUAAGGAGGUGUUGCCGAGAAUCUAAAAAUACACACACACACAUAAUAUAUAC